UUGUCCCGUUGAGACCAAGUCCAGGUCCAGUCCGGACGCGACGUCGGAGCCUUUUGAGGCGCAAAGGCCAAGUGGACCCAAAUUGCAUCCUCAACCCAAAGCAAAGCUCAACUCCUGUUUAAUGCAUGCGCUGACAGCCUGUCCAUUUUCACUACUUCCGACUAUCGCGUUCCAACGGAGCAAAGAGGCCGAGGCAGUGGGUUUUACGACAGAAAAAACACACGACACAAUCUGAAAAAGGAUAUCUGUACACACCUUCACCUUUUGUAUGACCACUUGUCUUCAUUCAGUCCGGACUGUUGGAGCUCGUCAAUCCAAGUCCGAGUCCCACCCGCAGUCCCGCCAAUCUGGGCUCGAACGUGAAAAGUGUAUAGCAACAAUUUGCGACCUUCUCACCGGAGGGACUCCGCCACCCGGCUUGGCGCCAAAAGCGACCCUGUCCGCAUGGACGGCCGUAAA